AAAUACAGGCCUAACCCAAUGAGCCCACUCCCCCAUAGCAUUCUUCAACCUUCCCCUUCCAUUAUAAUUUGUUUUCCCACACAAAACCCACGAACCCAAAUCUCUCAUUUACCAAAAGGGAAAAUCUCUCUCUCUCUCUCUCUCUCUCUCUCUCUCUCUCUCUGUUUUGCAUUGUUAAUCUGUGAGAAUCAAUCAGAAUGCCUCGUCUAAGCGCUUUGGCACUCAUUUUCUUAGUGGUCUUGGCCUCAUUUGCGGCAGCUUCAGAAAGCAGAAAGCUUUUGGACAUGAAGAAGCAGGAUUGUGAUGGCCAGUACAGGAAGAGAGUGGCUUCUCUGUUUCUGGGUGCCCUUCCAAAGGGCACAGUGCCAGCUUCUACGCCCAGCAAGAAGGGUCACGCCGUCGUCAUCAACGAGAAGCUCAUUGCUCGCCAUCUCAGUAGCAACGAUCGGAUUCUGGCGCAGGCUGUUCCCAGCCCCGGUGUUGGCCAUUGAUUCAUUGGUAGCAUAUAUACCAGAAAUAUUAUUCUUAUA